UACACGUUUGAGUCAUUUUGGCACAAUGUACCUGUUGCGGUAAGCAACUUGUAGAAGAAAACCACCAACCACAGCUCCUCAGCUGUUUCUCGACCAAACUAAUGACGACGGUACGGGCGGCAACGACAGAGACCAUCUUCGAGUACACGGGGUUAUCGCCGACGGUGUUCUUCACCAUUGUAGCAAUGAUGGUGGUGACUUACAAAGUGGUUUGUGGCAUGUUCGUCUCUGCUGACGACUUUGUCCCUGUCAAAACACAGCCUCUCCAUCUCGGUGACAUGACGGAAGAGGAGCUUAGCGCUUAUAAUGGCUUUGACUCAGAAAAACCAUUGUUGAUGGCUAUCAAAGGACAGAUCUACGACGUUUCUACCUCCAAGAUGUUCUAUGGUCCUGGUGGUGCAUAUGCAAUGUUUAUUGGAAGAGAUGCAAGCCGAGCCUUGGCUCUGUUAUCAUUCAAACCUGAAGAUAUUAAUGGGAACCUUGAAGGCCUUAGUGAUGCUGAACUUGAAAUUCUGCAAGACUGGGAAUGUAAAUUUAUGGAGAAGUACGCCCAGGUGGGGCAGCUUGUUCCAAAGAAAACACUAACUGAGAAUAUAGAAGAUUAAAGUGCUUGCGGGAUAGAAGAAGUGCUGAAGGCAACGAAAGCAGAUAUGCUGCAGGAAAGUAGAAGUGUUGAAAAAUAUGGAAUGCAGACAGACAGACACCUAUGACUGCAGAUUCUUGCUGCUCUAUCUGUACAGUCUUUAAUUCUGAAACAAAUGCGAUGCAAGUAAUUUGUGCUCUCUAGUGGACACCUCCAUUGAAGUAUGUUCUUAUACAUUUCAUGUAAUUCAAAUGUCUUAGAGACUGAAUCAUUUUAAAGAAUUGAUCACCUCAUAUCCAACAGCAGUGUUGGAUAUGAAGUACGUAUCUAA